UCUCUCUCUCAUUAAUCUCUCUCAGAAAUCAAAAUCUCUCUCUCUCUCUCUCUACACACACUGUUCGUAGGAAAAUGGUGCGUGACGUUCAGCUUCCGUGCGACGGCGAUGGCGCGUGCAUGCGGUGCAAGGCGAAGCCUCCGCCGGAGGAGACCCUCAGGUGUGGCACGUGCGACGCGCCUUGGCACGUGCCCUGCCUCUCUACCCCUCCCGAAACCCUCUCCUCCACUCUCCAGUGGCAGUGCCCUGACUGCUCCGGUGACGUCGAUACGCUUCCCGCUUCUGGAGUCGCCGGUGACCUCGUGGCGGCGAUCCGCGCUAUCGAGGCGGACGAGUCGUUGUCUGAGAAGGAGAAGGCCAAGAAGAGGCAAGAGCUGAUGGGUGGGAAAGUUGUCGGAGAUGACGAUGAGGAGUGCGGGAAGAAAGAGGAUCAUGCUGGGAUGGAGAACGAUGUUAUCGCUGCUCUGGGCGAGAAUUUAAACUGCUCUUUCUGCAUUCAGAUCCCUGAGAGGCCCGUGACGACACCAUGUGGGCACAACUUCUGCUUGAAAUGUUUCCAGAAAUGGAUUGGGCAAGGGAAGCGGACCUGCGCAAAAUGCCGCAACCCUAUUCCAAAUAAGAUGGCAAGCAACCCGAGGAUCAAUGCUGCACUUGUUUCUGCUAUUCGUCUGGCAAAAACACCCAAAAGCUCUGCUGCUGCUGCUGCAAAGGUCUACCAUUUUAUCCGCAAUGAAGACCGUCCAGAUAAAGCAUUUACCACUGAUCGAGCAAAGAAAACUGGGAAGGCCAAUGCUGCUAGUGGUAGGAUAUAUGUGACGAUACCACCGGAUCAUUUUGGUCCUAUACCAGCUGAAAACGAUCCUAUAAGAAAUCAAGGUGUUCUGGUCGGAGAAUUCUGGGAAGACAGGCUGGAAUGUAGGCAGUGGGGGGCUCACUUCCCACAUGUUGCUGGCAUUGCUGGACAAUCAGAUUAUGGAUCUCAGUCAGUUGCUCUUUCCGGAGGAUACGAGGAUGAUGAGGAUCAUGGGGAAUGGUUCCUCUAUACAGGAAGUGGAGGCAGAGACCUUAGUGGCAACAAAAGGACUAACAAGGAUCAGUCUUUCGAUCAGAAGUUUGACAAAAUGAAUGAAGCCCUCAGAGUUAGUUGCAAAAUGGGUUAUCCUGUUCGAGUUGUCAGGUCUCACAAGGAAAAACGUUCUGCCUAUGCCCCUGAGGUCGGUGUAAGAUACGACGGGGUCUACAGGAUUGAGAAGUGCUGGAGAAAAGUUGCUAGACAGGGUUUUAAGGUCUGCCGUUACCUAUUCGUUAGAUGUGACAAUGAACCUGCUCCAUGGACCAGUGAUGAGAAUGGGGAUUGCCCAAGACCUUUGCCUAAGAUUCCAGAGCUUAAGAAAGCAGUUGAUCUGUUUGAGAGAAAGGAAAGCCCAUCUUGGGAUUUUGAUAAAGCUGACAGGCGUUGGAAGUGGAUGAAGCCUCCACCUGCUAGCAGAAAAUCAGUUAAUGCAAUGGAUCCUGAGGAGAGGAAGAGGGUAAGGAAAGCUAUGAAGGAGGCACAUUCCAACAAUGUCAGGGACAAGCUUCUGAAAGAAUUCAGUUGCCAAAUCUGCUGUCAGACGAUGAGUCUUCCAGUGACAACCCCUUGUGCUCAUAACUUCUGCAAGGAAUGCUUAGAAGCCAAAUUUGCAGGGAAGACUCUUAUGAGAGAUAGAAGCAGAGGCGGACGCACACUCCGUACACAGAAGAACAUCAUGAACUGCCCUUGUUGCCCCACUGACAUCUCUGAUUUUCUCCAGAACCUUCAGGUCAACAGGGAAGUGAUGGAAGUGAUAGAGAAGCUGAAGAUCAAGAUUACGGCUGAGGAAGAGAAUGCAGACCCUGUAGAUGCAUCAAGCGAAGAAGAGCCUGACACAGUCACAGAUGGGAAGGAUGAAAAUGCAACUGGGUCAGAGUUCGAGAAUGGGGAAGCCGCUGCAGGAGAAACCCCAGACAAGGCCGAACCCGAAACCAAACCUGAACCACUGUCUGAAUCUGAACAAGAAUAUCCAAAGAAGCGUGUUAAACUGGACAUUGGCAACAUACCUCCUGUGGCUGCAUUGAAGAGCGUUGAAACCGCCUGAGAGCUGUAAUGGAACAUAAUAUGCCUUUUGUAGAAGAUGCAAGAGAAACAUUUAGGAGGUUUUAAUUCCGUUUGGGUUGUUUUUGGAAUAUGAGAAGAAACUGAACUCUGUCAAGUAUGCAUUAUGACUCGGAGCACAUUUGAUCAAUUUGAUGAAUGCUUUCUUUUAA